AAUACAUGAAAUCCGGCUUGCCUUGUGUAAAGGCUCAACUAAGACCUGCUCCUGUCUAAGCAUUUUAAUGAGCGUAAGCCCCCAGGAGGAAUAGUUGCAACUCACAGAAACCAAAGUCAGCCCCGUGGGAAGCAAAGCUCGCCGGCUGCUCACAGUCACAGACAUGCAGCCGAUCACCUUGGUUGGUGCUCUGGUCCUCCUGCUCCACAUCUGCUCUGGUAGUGCAGGAGCCCAUAGGCACUACAGACAAGUCCUUACUGGAAACCAACCAGGUGUGUGUCGCUAUGGCAGGAGACUGGAGUGUUGCUAUGGCUGGAAGAAAAACAAUAAAGGACAGUGUGAGGCUCAAUGUGACCAGGGCUGCAAGCACGGAGAAUGCGUUGGCCCCAACAAAUGCAAGUGUUUCCCUGGAUACACCGGAAAGACGUGUAAUCAAGAUCUGAAUGAGUGCGGCCUGAAGCCUCGUCCCUGUGAGCAUCGCUGCAUGAACACCCAUGGAAGUUACAAGUGCUACUGUCUCAACGGUUACACUUUAAUGCCUGAUGGAUCUUGUGCAAAUUCCAGGACAUGCUCUAUUGCUCACUGUCAGUACGGAUGUGAGGAAGUUCAGGGGGAGAUCCGCUGUCUUUGCCCAUCUGGAGGGCUGCAACUGGGGCAAGAUGGGAGGACUUGUGUAGAUAUUGAUGAAUGUGUGACUGGGAACAACCUCUGCCCAUACAACAGACAAUGCGUGAACACCUUCGGAAGCUACUUCUGCAAGUGCCAGGAUGGCUACGACCUGAAAUAUGUUGACGGCAAAUAUGACUGUGUAGACCUUGAUGAGUGUGCAGCCGGCAGCCACAAGUGCAGCCACCAUGCUGCCUGUGUGAACACUCACGGAUCCUACAAGUGCAGGUGCAAGUCUGGCUUCAGAGGCAAUGGCUUUGAGUGCUCUGUCAAGCCGUUUUAUCAGAGGUCGUGGAAUGGAGACAAAGGCAGUGCAGAUGAUUUCCUCAAUGCCAUCCCAGACUCCCAAGUGAGGACCAGGAUUCUGGGAGGUACGCUGGACAACGAAGACAUCAAAAAUGUUAUCCCUGAACCAGUAGCGACCCCGCCUCCUAAGCCCCGUGAGCAGCCGUUUGACUAUGAUGGAGAGGUCUAUAUUGGCCCCCAAACUGAGCAGACACAAGUGGAUGUAUUUCCUGAGGAAGAAGAAGGAGAAGAAGAAGAGGAGGAGGAGGAAACGGAAGACAACCUGCUCAAUCCAAGAGGAGAUGUUUUCAUAUCAGAGGACUUUGAAUCAGUGUUUGGCCCUGCCACAGAGGUCAAAGAAAUUGAAAUAACACCAGUUCAAGAAGAGUUCAUCAUGGACUGCAACUUUGAUCAGGGAGCAUGUGAGUGGGUCCAAGACAAGACUGAUGAUAUGGACUGGAGUGUAGCCUACCAUAACGGUGCUGAGUACUACAUGGCCAUGAGUGGACUCUUAGGGGAGCCAGAGGAAGUAGCCAAGCUGAAGUUGCUGCUCAGUGACCGCGCCCAGCAGGGCAGCUUCUGCCUCACCUUUGACUACCGUGUGGUGGGACAAAAUGUGGGAACUCUCAGGGUGCUGCUGGAUAACAAUGCCUACCCAGUAUGGGAGCAGAGCCAAAGCAAAGAUCAGGGCUGGCAGACAGAGCUCCUCACUGUGGCCUGGAAACAGGAAGCACCACAAUCCAUCAUCUUUGAAGCUCAGCAUGGGAAAAACAUUGGAGGAGAGAUUGGGCUGGACAAUGUUGUGUUGACCUCAGGGUCCUGUCAAGAGGAUGUCGGUCCAUUAUUUUAAGAAUCUCCACCCGGGUUUACUAUUUGAGAAUCUGCUCUUACUGAACAGAUUCCUGUUUCCUGUCUGUAUUUUGAUCUGGAGUUUCCAAAUGUUUUCUCAUGGCUUAACCAUAAUACAUCCACAUAAAGAUACCAAAAUGUGGUCUCAAGAAGAGAUUAUGUACUAUCGGUGCAUGCAUGUUUACUUAAUCACCAUGCUGCUACAUCAGUUCAUUCUGCUUUAUUCUCUGUUGUGAUUUUCAAUGGUCUCUUAAGAAACAGAUAACUCAGAUCUCAGGAAUAGGUGGAAAUGCUAACUUUGUCCGUUAAAUAGAUGUAACAGUAUUGUGCCUAGUUAUUUUGUUGUGUAUGUGAUUACUGAAGUUAACUGAAAAUAAUCUAUGACAUGUAAUGUGAAAUCUUAGGUGAAUUAUAUCUGAAUUUAAAUGUUAGAUUAAUAACUUUUUUGAAGGCUGGUUAGUUCAAAUGAUAAAAAAAAAAUAUCAGUGCGUAACUGCUGUACAUUUUGCUUUCAUAUUAUAUUGUACUACAUUAAAUUUGUUUUUUUUCUAA